CCCCUUUCAGGCAGAUAGACCUGUCUGCGUGAGAAUCAGCCUAUCAGGAGCGUCAUUGCGCUCUGCGACCAGCGGAAGCGGACAGGUUAGGUUUCAGUUUCGAAAGCUCAAAAGAGAGCGCUGACGUUGGAAUACUGUGCAGUUAAUAAAUAAUAUAAGAGAGUGUUGCUGUUCUUAAGAGUUUUGAGUAAUGUGUGCGUGCAACUACCAAACCACACACAAAUACUUUCUUUAAUAAAACAUCCUAAAGAGAACAUCUUGUCAGCAUUCUGAUCAAUGCUCCGUGGUGGCUGCAACCAUUAAAGGACCACUCAAUUAUACAGUCCUUACCAAUCUCCAUAACAAAUUUGGUCCUUCGAGCCGGAUACGUGUGGUCAUCGUGGGAUUGUUUAGAGAUGUUCUCGGAUCAGUAUACACGCCCAGCAGAUGCACGACCCCGCCGAGAAGUCCGGCGACCAGCCUGGAUGGAAGACUAUGACAUCCCCCCCCAAGCAUUGCAGCAGCCCUCUCAUUUGCCGCCGCCAACGUCUAAUCUGCCAGAGCAACAGCAGCCUUAUGACCACAUGGUUAGAUUUCCAGAGAGACACGCCAGGAUGACGCCUCUCACACCCCGACUGCUGCAUGAGGAUGGGAAGGUCAUACAGGGAGCAGAGGCUGCCUAUUCCCAUCAGUUUGAGUAUUCAGCACCCCUCUAUGAGAGUACGCCUGCCUCGACCAGAUCGAGGCCUGCCCCAGAAACCGCGCCUGAGGUCCUAGAAGCUCUUCAUAAGUUGAGGGAAGAUAAUCAGAGGCUACAGCAACAGUUAAUGGACAUGCACAGGCGACUGGACGCCCGAAGUUCCCAACCAAACGUACCAGCACUGCAACAGACAGCCCCUUCUCCUUUCCCUACACCAGCUCCCCCUCAACAGCAGUACAACAUAGAGCAGGAUGGCGCCCUAUAUCAAACUAGGCCAAUACUGCCACCUGCACGGGUUGGUGGUCAUACUCUGCCUCCCGAUGAUGAUGACUGGCCACUGCCACCUCCCCCAAUAGCAGACGACACUUAUCAGCCACCAUCACAGGAUCUUAUGGCAGAGCUCAUAACAGCACUGAGGGACAUCAGAACGACACGUCUGCAGGAGUCUCCUAAUCGCCUUGAACCACCUUCUCCAGCGCGACCACAGACACCAGGGUAUUGUGUGCCCUACACCCCACAAAGAUGUGAGUCGCUGCCCGAAGAGUUACAACCCUCCCCCCACCAUGAGCUAGUAUACCGCGGGCCUAAACCCACAAUCCCGGUAUUUGCAAAAGGAGAUCCGAGAGAGUUUGCCAGACUUAAGAUCGCUCUGGAGAACUUACUGCCUGUGGAUGCUACAGAGCGCUUUAAAUAUCAGAUCCUGGUGGAUCACCUGAAGUAUGAGGAGGCACUGUUAAUAGCGGAUUCCUACACCAACUCACUGCGACCCUAUACUGACACCAUGACAAGCUUAAUUGAGCAUUAUGGACAGCCUCAGCAGCUAGCGCUCAGAAAAAUUGCUGAUCUAAUGGAGGCCCCUAAUAUACCACGUGGUGACACCAGUGGGUUUAAGCUGUUCGCCCUGAAAGUAAGAGCACUCGUGGGGCUGUUAGACCAGCUUGGAGACAGUGGAAAGACUGAGCUUCACUGUGGUUCACAUGUGACACGGCUGCUGUCCAAACUGCCACACGAUAUACGGGCUGAAUUCAAGAGGUUCCUGUACCCAAUGCGUGUUACAAUUCCAAGCCUCUUGCACUUUUCUGACUGGCUUGACUACGAGCUGAAGAUGCAGGAGACAGUGUAUGAGCCUCUAACUAGUGAAAACAAAGGCAGAGCAGGACCAAGGGUAGACCGCCGCCGUGAGUCUAAGAGUGGCAAGAAUACCAACAUUAUGCUUACCACGGACCAACCCGAGAGCACACUGACAGUAGAGAAAGCCUUAUCUAGCACCAAGCAGCCAGAGAGGACAGCAUACUGCCCUUACUGCUCUAACACACAACACUUCUUAGAUAAGUGUGCAAACUUUGCACAGCUUACAGUGGAACAGAUAACAGCAUGGAUUAAGACCAACAAGAGGUGCUGGCGAUGCGGUCGCUCACAUCAGGCUGCACAGUGCCGCUUAAAGAUCACAUGUCACAAGUGUAAAGGUAGACAUCUGCAAGCUUUGCAUGAAGUGAAUAUAAAACCUGCAGCUGAGGAUACAUCCUGCCUUAUCAGCACAACUAAUGAAGUUCUGUAUGUAGACCGGCGGGCUGGAUGCAGCCAGGUCCUACUGAAAGUGAGUAAAGUGCUGCUGCGCAACGGUGAACACACCUUGGAGACAUAUGCUAUCCUUGAUGAUGGUUCGGAGCGGACCAUUCUCCUCUCUGCAGCAGCGCAGAGCCUCAAGCUUACUGGUGAACCUGAAAAUCUGAUCCUCAGAACUGUUCGGCAAGAUAUCAGGGUUCUGCACGGCACUGCAGUGUCAUUCUCUAUCUCUCCAGUAGACCAUCCAAAGAAGUCCUUCAAGAUAUACAGAGCAUUCACUGCUGAUCAACUCGGUCUGGCUGAGCACACUUACUCAAUGAAGGCACUUCAGAGGAAGUAUAAACAUUUAAGAGGCCUCCCUUUCCAGACGAUUAACAAAGUGCAACCCCUGCUGUUAAUCGGUUCAGAUUAUACACACUUAAUCACUCCGGUGGAGCCUGUGCGUUUGGGACCCCACGGGGGACCAGCCGCGGUGAAGACAAAGUUGGGCUGGACACUUCAAGGGCCGAUCAGGUACACCAAGCAACAGGCAACAUCACAACAGUGUCUGCACAUCUCCACCCUCUCAUCCACUAGCGAGCUUCUACAGAGUGUAGAGAGAUUGUGGCAGCUGGAUGUUCUGCCUUACAGGAGUGAAAAGCUCGUCACACGCUCCAGGCAGGAUCAGGAAGCAGUCCGCCUGCUGGAGGCGAAGACUAAACGAGUAGAGGUUGAUGGAAUUCAGCGCUACGCUACUCCCCUCCUCAGAGUGAAGAACAUGCCACUGCUUCAGGCACCUAAGGAGGCUGUGCUAGCUAAUCUCCGCAGUACAGAGAAGCGUCUGCUGCGAGACCCUCAAAGAGCAGCAGCAUACUGUGCAGAGAUUGGAAAGCUGGAAAAUGCGGGCUAUGCUGUUAAAGUGUCAGGAGAAGAGCUGAGCAAAGCAGCUGAGUCUUGGUUCAUCCCACAUCACAUGGUGAGCCACAACGGAAAGAACAGAAUUGUGUUCAACUGUUCCUACACGUAUAAAGAUAAAAACCUCAACAAGCUGCUAUUGCCUGGGCCCACCUUAAGUUCCAGUUUACUGGGUGUACUGCUGCGCUUCAGAGAGCAUGCUAUUGCUAUCAGCAGUGAUAUCAAGGGCAUGUUCCACCAGGUGAGGCUGCUCCCGGAAGACAAGCCCUUGCUGCGCUUCCUGUGGCGAGACCUGAAUACAGAGGUACCACCCAACAUCUACACAUGGCAAGUUCUUCCAUUUGGCACCACAUGUAGCCCCUGUUGUGCAACGUUUGCGCUGCAGAAACAUGUGUUGGACCACAGUCAGCCAGGUGAAGAUGUUCGAGUGUCGAUAGAACGAUCCUUUUAUGUGGAUAAUUGUCUGCAAAGUCUCACAUCUGUUGAAGAAGCCCAUCACCUGGUCGACAAACUGACCUCACUGUUGGCUACAGGUGGAUUUGAGUUACGCCAGUGGGCAAGUAACAACCCGGAAGUCAUCAGUCAUCUGCCCAAAGAAGCAAGAUCUGAGAGCAGUGAGUUGUGGCUCAAUGAGUCAGGCACUGACCCACAGGAGCUCGCCCUUGGACUCCGCUGGUUAUGCAAUUCAGACACCUUAAGGUAUAAAUACCGUAUGCUGGACAAAACUACACCCACCAUGCGAAAUAUAUACAGAGUUCUGGCACGCCUUUAUGAUCCCUUGGGAUUUAUAGUCCCCUUUACCACGCGGGCCAAAGUUCUGGUGCAGCACUUGUGGGAUAAACAGAGAGACUGGGAUGACCCGUCACUACCUGAGGAUGUGCUGCAGUCAUGGCUGACGUGGGAAGAAGAAUUGGAGCAUCUCUCCCAGAUUAUACUGCCUCGCUGCUAUGUGAGCCUUGAAAUGGACAGUUCAAACCACCAGAGAGACCUACACAUCUUUGCUGAUGCGUCAGAGAAGGCAUACGGCUCAGUGGCAUAUUUGCGGACGGAGAGUUCACACGGCAGUGCAGAGGUCUCUUUUGUUGCUGCCAGGUCUAGGGUGGCCCCGAAGAAGCAACAAUCAAUACCCAGACUGGAGUUGUGUGCCGCUCUGACAGCUGCACAGCUAGCUGCCCUAUUGCAAAGAGAGUUGACAGUUAAUAUCCGCAAUGUUGUCUUCUGGACAGACUCCACAACAGUACUCGCAUGGCUCCAGUCCGAUUCCUGUCGGUACAAGGUAUUUGUGGGAACACGGGUAGCCGAAAUCCAGGAGCUGACUGAUGUCCGAGCCUGGAGAUAUGUGGAUUCUGUUAAUAACCCAGCCGAUGACAUUACGCGUGGAAAAUCACUGCUGGAACUGGCUGGUAAAACCAGAUGGAGUCAGGGCCCUGCCUUCUUACAACAGUCACCUAAAGUCUGGCCUACACAGCCAGCCACAGAGGUAACAGAGGAUCCUGUUGAGCUGCGAAAACCCACUAUUUGCUAUCUCACUACAGGCAUACAGACUUCUCUGCUACCAAAUGCUGAUCAAUUUUCCUCUUUUAGAGCGCUGAUAGAAGCGGUUGCACAAUCGAGCGCUGUGUCAUCAGGGAGCCCAGUCAGUCUUUCUGCCGAUGAUUACCAAGAAGCAGAGAGAGAAGUAUUGAGAAGAGCUCAGCAGGACAGCUUUCCUGAGGAGUUUAGUCUCUUGAGUACCAGUAAGCCAGUAGCUGCCACCAGUAGGCUGAUCUCUCUUGCACCAGAGUACGACAAGACUGUUAGACUCAUACGGGUUGGAGGAAGGCUUCGCCGCAGUGAACAGCUAGAGCUAGAUUCUAUUCACCCAGUGGUCCUGGACCAUCGGCAUAAAGUGACCCAGCUUAUCAUCCAGGACAUGGACAAGAGCCUCCGCCAUCCAGGAUCAGAGCGCCUUUUCGCAGAGCUGCGGCGCAAAUACUGGAUUCUGCAUGGACGUGAAGCUGUUAAGCGCCAUCAGCACUCCUGUCCUGACUGCCAAAGAUGGAGAGCCUCUCCCGUAGUACCCAAAAUGGCAGACCUCCCACAGUCAAGACUACAGCUGCUGAAGCCCCCAUUCUUCUCUACGGGCAUGGACUGCUUCGGGCCUUUCACAGUGAAGGUUGGUCGUCGCCAUGAAAAGAGAUGGGGCAUAUUAUUUAAAUGUCUGACGACGCGCGCUGUGCAUGUGGAUGUUCUGUCCAGCAUGGACUCUGAUUCCUUUUUGAUGGCUCUUCGUCGCUUCAUUGCACGAAGGGGUAAGCCAGCAGAGCUCCGGUCUGACCAGGGCACUAAUUUUAAGGGAGGUGAAAGAGAACUCCAAGAGGCCUUCAGGUCAUUACACCCCACAAUCCAGACUCAUCUGGCUAAACACCAGAUUAGGUUUCAGUUUAACCCCCCAAGCGCACCACACUUUGGAGGAGUCUGGGAAAGAGAAGUGAGGUCUGUAAAGGCUGCACUAUAUGCCACCAUCCAAUCACAGACUGUCCCUGAAGAGGUUCUGCGGACGGUACUUAUUGAAGUGGAAGGGAUUUUAAAUUCUAAACCACUGGGUUAUGUGUCAACAGAUGUGGCUGAUGUGGACCCAGUUACCCCCAACUUGCUCCUCAUGGGGCGGCUCGACCCCUCUUUACCACAGGCUGUGUAUGCUGAGUCUGAGCUCCUGAGUCGCCGUCGCUGGAGACAUUCUCAGGUGUUAGCCGACCAGUUUUGGUCCCACUUUAUACGACACUACCUCCCGACUCUUCAGACUCGCUCCAAGUGGCACAAGGACCCUGCACAGCUGCAAACUGGAACCAUAGUCAUGGUGGUGGAUCCACAGCUGCCAAGAGCACAGUGGCCUUUAGGUCAUGUCACGGAGGUCAUUACAGGAACUGAUGGAAGAGUCAGGACUGCAGUAGUUAAAGUCAAGGACAAACUCUACACAAGGCCUGUUGCUCGCCUGGUAGCUCUGCCUGCCAUACCAGACAGUGAUACGGUCAGUCCUUCUUAGAGUAGCAAAUAUAGUGUAACAUAUUUGGGGGCGGCUGUGACGAAGGACGACCCCUUUCAGGCAGAUAGACCUGUCUGCGUGAGAAUCAGCCUAUCAGGAGCGUCAUUGCGCUCUGCGACCAGCGGAAGCGGACAGGUUAGGUUUCAGUUUCGAAAGCUCAAAAGAGAGCGCUGACGUUGGAAUACUGUGCAGUUAAUAAAUAAUAUAAGAGAGUGUUGCUGUUCUUAAGAGUUUUGAGUAAUGUGUGCGUGCAACUACCAGUAAGUAAAACUGAUGUUUGUCAUCACAAUACACAAUAAUGUUACGCUAAUGCUAUGUUAAUGCACUUUGAUAAUUUCGUGGCAUGUAGUGGCAUGUUAUAAUAUAAUGGCGGAGCCUCGUGCUACCCGUGCGUAUAUAUAGAAUGCUAAAUAUUAACGUAGGUGGUUCUUUGGAAACCUUAUGUAUGUUUAGUACAUUUGCACAAUGUGUAAUGUUUAUUAUAAGGAGGAAUUCUUUAGUUCAUGAUUAUUAUAUGUUAAUCUGCAUUCAGUAUAUUGUGUAUUUUGUAGUUAAUCUUCGGAAGAUACGUUUAAGGGACGUAGUGUAUUAAUGCCUGUUUAGUGUAUUUGCUUAGUGAUAAGCAUUUAUUAUGGCACUGCAUCUAAAGGUUUCUAUAUAUAUAUAACUAAUUAUAAUUUAAUUCUUGAUUGUGUUUGCUUUAUUAUAUACCUGUUAAAUAUUUGAUAUACGUUUUACUGAUAUAUAUAUAUUCCUGUAUCUCUGUUUCAGAACCACACACAAAUACUUUCUUUAAUAAAACAUCCUAAAGAGAACAUCUUGUCAGCAUUCUGAUCAAUGCUCCGUGGUGGCUGCAACCAUUAAAGGACCACUCAAUUAUACAGUCCUUACCAAUCUCCAUAACAGUCUGGUCAUGGGUGUCGGAACCAUAAGCAGAAGGGACAGGACCAUAGACUGUAAAAAAAUAUGGAUGUAGUGUCCCUAACGUCACCCAUAGGUGCUGCUGUAGAAGAUGAUGGGCAUUGAAGUCUUCGACCAGAUUUUUCCUAUCUUGCCCGUGGAUGUCCAGGGAUACAGAGGGAAUGCUGUCUUUUCUAAUUCAACAAAAGGCAAAACAAUGUUAACAUCUAUCCAUCUGGAGAUUUAAUUUCUCGUUAUCAGGGCCGAGGAUAGGCACAGUCCUAUCAAGCAUGGCCGCCAGUCCGUACGCCACGGCCCCCCUCAGGCCACCGUAGCUCAUCACAACCUGGUCGAUGAUCUCGAUGGGAACCAGCCUGAACUUAUUCAAGAUCCAGGUAAGAAUGAAAACACCUGCACACAUUCCCC